CAACAUCAACACCAACAUCAACAUCAACAUCAAUACCAACAUCAACACCAACAUCAACAUCAACAUCAAUCGUGUAUCAACGGCUCUUGUUCCUCUUGCGGAUCCGACCGAACCUUUCUGCCGAGCCGCCCAACCAAACGAUCAUCCUGACUCCGUAAACCACUUCGUCCCGCGGCCUGCCACCGGCCCUCGAUCGGCGGAGCUCUGAGGAUUGCUCGGGGCGAUGGUGACCGGCUUGGUGGGGCGAGCGCAAGCCUCCUCCUCCCUCCCCUCCAUCGUCUUGCCCAUCCCGUUCGCCACCGAUUCGACCUCUCUCUGGUCCGUGGUCUCUGCUCUCUAUCGACCCCGCGCCUAGCCUGCAAUGCCCGAUUCCAUGAUCGCCCGCGAGGGGCGUGAAAAGCAAGUCUACAUCGAAGGCAUUCGUCAGGUUGUCGGAGUUGUUCCGGUGCUGAAGGGCCAUCCAGACCAGAUCGUCCUGAUCUCAUCUCGGCGAUCCGACACCUGGAGUUUGCCCAAAGGUGGAUGGGAGGAGGAUGAGUCACAAGAGGGUUCAGCCCUUCGUGAGGCUUGGGAAGAGGCCGGAAUCAAGGGCAAUAUCGGGCAAAAGCUCGGCGUCUACGAACAUACCAAGAUUGAGCCCGAUGGCCGCCCAAAGUCCCAGUUUACCUUCUUUGAGAUGCAAGUUGAGGACAUGCGCGAGCGAUGGCCCGAGUCGACCGAACGAGACCGUCGGACAUUCCACAUCGACGAGGCCCGAAGUCUGCUCUCCAAGCGGUCGUACAUGCUUGAGCCACUUCUGCACUACGACAGUCUGCUGAAGAGCGGCAAGCUUCACUGAGCUCAUGGUAGCCCAUGCAGCUCUGUCUGAUGACGACAUUCCCAUGUCCAAGAUAGAACCAAGAAUCGAUGAUCUUCCCCACCUCUAUAUUGCUAUCAUAAUUACCACUACCACUACCACCACUACUAUAACCAUUGCUAUUGCUAUUACCAUGACCACUACUACCACUACUAUUACACCUUGUGCGGAUGAAACGGGACCGUGUGUCCCUGAAUGCGACUUUCAGUAGCCCCCAGUGGGCAGGCCAUGGAAUUCCACCCUGUCUUCGUUGGCAAUCGGCUUGUUUUUGGGCUUGGGAUCACAGUCUCGAAUAUACUCGGUCGAUCUCCUGUGGCGAUGAUUGACUGUCAUGGAUGCUGC